AUGACUACUCAUAUUGACCCAUUUUCUUCCGCAGCUACUCAUUUCGACUACUUGAUUGCCGGAGGUGGCACUGCAGGCCUCACGCUGGCAGCGCGGCUGACGGAGGAUCCAGAUAUUACUGUCGGCGUUUUUGAGGUCGGCCUCGACCGAACUGAUGAUCCCAAUGUCCUCACUCCUGGAUUCACGCCCACCAUACUCACGGCAACGAUCGCGUUGUUGACCAUCCGCGUCGAAAGUCAGCUUGAAGGAUCUAGCGCCAUCAGUUUUAGUUCUUGGACCCACACGUCUCAACAAGACAUCGACGACUGGGGCCAACUUGGCAAUCCUGGGCGGUUCUGGAAGGAACUCUUCCCAUACUUCCUCAAAUCGGAGAACUACAACGCUCCACCCACUAGUGUACCGGAACAGGUCGACACCACCUUCAUCGGAUCGCAUCUUCAUGGUGAAAAUAGCCCGGUCCAAGACUUCUUUUCAUCUUUUUACGGAGAAGUCACGUUUGAAUCGCUACGUAACGAGACCUUUGUUGCAAAUGCCCUUGCGGAUCAGAUUCUUGUCGCUUUGAACAAAGGACCCAUCCCACAGUCUCUUCUCCACGCACCAUCUCGGAGCAAAAUCUCAGGCCAACCAAAGAAAGAUGCGCUCAUCCUCCAAAAGCUCCUCGACGCCAACGAAGAAGGCUUGCAAGAACCUGGCAACCACUUCUCCAUGCUCACAGACCUUGAAACCCCCUUUCCUCGUGGCAGUGUACAUAUCGUAUCUGCAGAUCCCACCGUCUACCCGUCCAUCGAUCCAAACUAUCCCUCCCACCCUCUCGACCUCAUCGUCAUCUCACAAGCUAUGUUGCAUUUACAGCAAGUCGCUGGCACGGCACCACUACCGACGCAUCUUAAGGAAGGUGGUCGUGUCUUCCAGCCAGGCUUCCAUGAGCUUGACGAGCAGAAUGUGAAGGCUUUUGUGAGGAACAGUUUCAGCAGUGAGUAUCAUCCAAUCGGUACCUGCGCUAUGAGACCGAGGGAGGAGGGUGGAGUGGUAAGUGAGAGGAUGGUGGUGCAUGGAACGAGGGAUUUGAGCGUUUUGGAUGCGAGUGUCUUCCCUUUGCAGGGGAUGCGCGGGUUGCGGAGGACUUUGGUGGUGCUGGGGGUUGCGAAGAUAGGGAGGAGGAGGAGGAGUGGCAGGAUCAUUGGGGGGUGGUUGAUGUUUGGGGAGGGGGGCGGGGGGGGCUCUGAUGGGGAGGUGGGACGGAGAUGGUAG